UCCAGUUGUGUCUUCUGUUACUCCCAAGUUGAUCGAUUGUCAUAUUUCAAAUAGGGACUUCUUGUGCGAAACAGUGACGAUGAAAUUAGAAAUUUUGUCACGAUCAGGACAUAUCAUAGCCACUUUGGACGUUAAUCCGGACGCCUCCGUCUCUGAGCUCAAGAAGAAGUUUUAUGGCUUAAAACGAAAGUAUUACCCGUCACGGCAGCGCUUCACGCUGCCGGUGAAGCCGGGCGAGAAGCGAGGCACAGUCCUGGAGGACAGCAAAAGGCUCAGUGAUUAUGGGUUGGCGGAUGGCGGCAAACUAGAGUUCAAGGACCUUGGUCCCCAGAUCGGGUACUCAACUGUCUUCUUCUGGGAGUAUUUUGGCCCCUUGGCGGUGUAUCCACUGUUUUUCUUUCUUCCCAAGUACCUGUACCCGCACCUAGAGGCGCCCCAACAGCACCAUCUGGUCCAAAAGUUGGCUGUGGCAUACUGGUGCUUCCACUACACCAAGCGCAUCAUUGAGACGUUCACUGUGCACAAGUUCGGUCAUGCCACGAUGCCCAUCUUCAACCUGUUCAAGAACUGUGCCUACUACUGGGGCUACGCCGCAUAUGUGUCUUACUUCGUCAACCAUCCGAAGUACACGCCGCCUAACGAGAAGGUCAGCCUUACCUGUCUGGGCCUGGCGCUGCUCAUGCAACUGGGCAACCUGCGGUCGCACAUCAUCCUGUCGAACCUACGAAAGCCUGGAGAGAAAGACUACAAAAUUCCCCGCGGCUUCCUGUUCAACUACGUAACGUGCGCCAACUAUACGUUUGAGAUCUGGGGCUGGCUGCUGUUCAGCGGUGCCGUACAGAGCAUCCCCGCCUACCUAUUUGCCAUCACGGGCGCGCUGCAGAUGAUGCAGUGGGCGAUUGCUAAGCACAAGCGCCUUGUCAAGACUUUCGAUGGCAAGGACGGUCGGCCCAAGUACCCCCGCCGUUGGAUCAUCUUUCCACCGUUCAUAUAGUGGCCAUGAGUGUUACGUACGGGCCGCGACUCGGGGAACAUUUUUUGUGUGCUACUGGGGAAGACAUGCGAUUGGAUUGUUGUGUCUUUAGGCAGUUCCCCUUCAAAGUCUGAGACUCGAUGCAGCUGCAAACCAAUCCUGGUGCGCAUGUGCGUGGGAGGAGUUGCAUAUGGAUUGUUGUAGUUGGAUUUUGCUUGCUGUGUGUUGCCCGGUUUCAAAUUGUCCUUUAGCCUAAAGCACAUCGCAGUGCAGGGUUGAAAGUUGUCAUAUCGUGGAUUGUACGUGCACCCCAAAACUUAGGUUUAGGCAUUAGGGUUUUAGGAAUUAACUUCCGACACGCAAGUCCAUGGCCCCUGGGCUUUGAUGGAUGUCCCCCAAUUCGUGCGGAAUUUGUACGAA